AUGGAGUCGCAUUCCAUCCUCCAUGCCGAGGAACUGUAUGACCGCUUACUCUCACUCGAGGGAGCCACGGUUCAAAAGACAUCUCUCACACAAAUCAGUCCUUUAUCCCGCGUAGUGAGAACAAUGAUCGUCAUCUUUGAGCUCACCACCAAGACUUUGGCACGCGAGCUCAAAAUAGAAUACUCCGUUGAAUACGAUCUAGAGCUAAGGAGUCUAGAAGGGAGCCUUGCGAGACUUAAAAGAUGUCACAAUGAUUAUCAAUGCUCCGACGGGCAUUCGGAGCUGCCGCAUGAGUGGCAUACGGCAAGGUUCAAUGUCUUGAGCGGAAUUGCAUACGAGCUCAUGUGCUGGCUCAACAUGGAGCAAAGACCGGGGGAACUCAAACAAGUUAAGCCACUGGUGCGAUUUCUCAAAAGGCACAGAAAGGGCCCCGAUGAUAGCGCAAAGGAUCAAUAUACCGAGAAGGCCGAAGACGAAAAAGACAACGAGACGCUCGAGUUGAUGCAGGAGGCAAAGAGUAACGGCGGAGACAGCACAAUUUAUGGACUGAUACGAGAUGCACGCGAGUGGGGAUACAAUCACGGAUUUUUGGCUAUAGAGUCCGAUGCUGCCCACGAAGACUUCAAUAUCAGGGUGACAAACUUAGCAGCAUACACCAUCUCCUUGGAGUUUUUGCAGUUCAAACGAAUAAAAGAUGAAGGUUCUGAAAAGGCCCUCAGCCGCAUGCUAAAUAAGCUUCGUGAGGGGAAGCUUGAGCGGGAAGAUGCGAAACUCCUAAAGGAACACGAGGCGGCUAUAGUGAACGGCGCGUGGUACGCGGCUCCGAACCCGCUCUCUAGCGAGGACAAAGAAGGCACCAAAGUCAUCGAUGAGGAGUCACAGCGCAUUCGAGAUCGGACGAUUAGGGAAAUCUUUGGGAGAGUAGGCAAGAUUUUCGCCGCGGUAGGGCAUGACUUGUACGAACCCGAGCGUCAUGACGUCGGCGAGGGCGAGAUAGAGGCUUAA